AUGAGCACAACUGAAAGCCGGAUUGCGGGGCUUCUGUCAGUUCUCUCAGAGAGCGAGGAUGCUGGACACUGUGCACUCUCUGUCUUUGCACGUAGCCUGCGUGAGACCGCGUGGAAGCAGCAGCACCACCACCACUCGCUAAAUGGUGCCCCGGUGGGUGGUGGUGGGUAUGUUGAUUUGAGCGACGUGCUGGCGGAGCGUUCGCUGGCACUGCUUCGAGAGGAGGAGGCGAUUUUGCGUGACAAGGAGGUGGUGCGGGUGGCAUAUGACAAACUGCGUGCUGAGAUGGCACGUGUUGAGGCUCAACUUAUGAGCUUGGAGCGACGAGCGCAGGAGGCGGCGCAACAGAAGGCGUUUUGCAAAUUGGCGAUGAACCUGCUGGUAACAGGAGAUGUGCCGGAGUUUUACGUGCCAGAUGCGGACCGCAGUAUGGACGCUCCCCGUGAGAACACGGACGCAACUAACGGAAAUGUCGCCGGUUCAACAGUGGAGUGCACAGAGGCAGCGCCGGAGGUGGCACCAAUGAGCUCCACGUCACCAAAGCGACCACGUCGAAACACCACAUCGCAGAAACGGCACUCUGAAUCACAGCCACAAAAGGUUCUCAAUGAAAACGGCACGCAUGGGGAGGCUCGUGAGGAGUCGCCAUCCAUUGAGGAGAGUGAGAAUUAUGAUAAUUUAGCCGACGGAGGGAAAAGUCAACAAAUUUCCACUCUGGGGAAGAAUAUUCCACGUGUACACGGUGGCAGCGGCUCAUGUCCGACAGGUAGUGCACUCCUUGCAAUGUUACGUCUGCCAGAUGUGAAGGAAAUGACGCUUUUGCACGCGAUUGAAAGCUAUGAUGAGUAUCAUUUUGGGAAAACGGUCGUGUGGUCCACCAAAAAACAGGAGGAGUUGCUGCCAGUAGUUCUCGGUCUGUUGAAGCACCUCCCGUUGCCGCGUCCGCCCAUUCAAUUAGCGGAGCUACACAUUCUUGGUCAUUUUUUUCGUUCCCCAUACGUCACGCAGAGUACCACAGACCCAACGCUUGCCUCUUUGCGGAAACCAACGUCUCUGCCAGAAUCCGUGGUGACAUCCAUGCUGCAUACUUUGCUACGCGAGGGUCAGGCUGUCACAAUUCUCACGCGCCUACUUCACAGUGUUAACAAUGACGUUAAGUGCGAGGUAUUAGAGUGUCUUUCACCUCUUAUUAUAAGUGGUUGCGGAAAUACGAAUAACGCAUGUAAUGUUGCAGAAUCUGCGUCUGAGAAGACGAGGACGUUUCCUGACGCCCGAAAGGAAUUUAUUACCUCGGGUGGGCUGCAGCCACUUGUAGGUAUCGUGGCAUCCUGUACCUCAGAAGCGGUACUGGAGCGCUCACUCGUUCUCCUAUGGAAUCUUAUUGCCCGUAACGAUGACGAAGAAAAAGUGCGUGGGGAGGUACAACGUCUUGGCGGGUUGCGUGCCGUGCUUGAUCUCCUGUACACGGAUUCUAUUCCGAUUCUAGAGAAUGCUGCCAUGGCGAUUGGUUACAUUACGCGUGAAGAGACGUCCAAGGUGGAAAUUCGUGAGGCGGGUGGAUUGGAGAAAAUCACUGCGACGUUACGUCAUCCCUAUGAAUCUAUUCAAACCAAAAUGGCAGGAGCUGUUUGGAAUUGCGCCAGUAACGCUGAAAAUCGAACGUAUCUGCGGCAAAUUGGAUGUAUUCCCGCCUUGCUGGAACUACUUAGUUCGCCAUACGAGUUUGUACAAGAAAAUGCGGCCGGAGCCCUUUGGAAUCUUAGUGUCGACCCUGAGAAUAAGACACAGAUCCUUGAUUACGGUGGCAUCAUAGAACUCGCCCAACUCAUUGCCAAGAGUCAUAGUUUAAGCGUGGUGGAAAAUGUUUCUGGUACGCUGUGGAACUGUAGUGCUGCUGUGGAAUCACGUCCCGCGAUCCGUAAGGCUGGAGCUAUACCCGUGCUACUCUCUGUCAUGAACCGGAAACCGGUUCCUUCGACACAACAAAGAGAUGGCGCGGUAGCGAACAAUGCUUCAGCGUUCCUUCCUAUAAGUGAUAAAAUACUUGAUAACGUGGCGGGUACACUUCGCAACUGUGCUAUUAAUGAUCAAAACAAACCAGCAAUCCGUGAGGCGGGUGGUGUGGAGUUGCUGCUUGGCAAGCUAGAGCUGGGUAUAUUAAAACAGCCAGGAUCGAUUCCAAUGUUGGCAUUGGACAAAAUGGCAUCCACAUUAUGGAUCCUAACAAUAUCUCCCGAAAUAAAACAUAGCGUCCGCCUGAGUGGGGGUAUACCUUUACUUGCGAAAAUACUUGAAGCGACUUCAGUGACGGCCGCAAAGAAGAAGAAUGCCAAAGUUUUGGUGCAGUUAACCAUGAGUGUAAAGGAAAAAUUAGUUGGUUUGUUGCGUAAUUGUUCUACUGUACAGGAAAACCGACCAGUGAUGGUUUCUGCCGGAGUCGUGCGAGCUUUAGUGCAUGUUGUAGAGGAUUGCCGUCUCGCCAUGAGUGCCAAGGCGAGCGUUAGCCCAUUGGCAUCCCAACAGCAGCUACCAUCAUUACAACUGAAGGAGACAGUGGCAUCUGCACUCUGGUAUCUUUCACGUGACGACAAAGUGGCGCCCCGCGAGGAAGGUGGUCUUGAGCUCCUUUGUCGUUUACUGCGGGAGCCAGACCAACCCUCUGCUGUUCUAGAGCAGGCUGCAGGGGCAAUUUCUUCAUUGACGGUGAACAACCAGGAAAAUCGGACGAAGUUGCGGGAGUUUGGCGGGAUGGAUGCACUUUUGCGUUUGAUAGAGGAGAAGACUCCGCUUGCUUUUUCACAGCGACCGAAAAACGGUGUUGACGGUAAGACCGUUUCGGAAACGGCGGGAACUGUAGCUGGUCCCAGCAGCGGCACCAACAAGACGGAGAAUACGGUGUCCAACACGUAUGCGGUUUUGAAUGCGCUUCUCGCAGUUCGAAACAGUACUUCUUCGAAUGAAGAGAAUCUUCGGUAUGUUGCGGAGUGGCGCUGCAGCCUUGAAGGCGAGGGGACAUCUUUGCCAACUACAUCUUUUACGGGAUGUCUUUUGUACAUUAUCCAGCAUGGCUCUGAGGACUGCGCAAGGGAGGCGGCGCUCUGCGUAAAAAACCUCUGUGGUCACGCCAAGGCUCUGGAGUCAUUGCUGCAACAGGAUGCAGUGGAGUUAAUUGGUGGCCUUGCAGAGCGUGGCUCCUCUGACUCCGUACGUCGAGCGGCAACAAUGACGUUGCACUCUCUGGCGCGAGCUCAAAGGCGAUAG